CUCACCAGAGUGAUUUUUCUCCUUGCACCAAGCGGUUGUUAGUUUCGCCAGCAGCAGCAGGAAGUGUGUCCAUCAAAGUUCCCCUUUUUUGCAGCGAGUUCCAUACUGCCUGUAAAAGCGCCUGAAUCCCACAGGAUAAAAGGAAAGCGGAGUAGUGCCGAGUGUGCCGUUUCCGUCCGAAGUCGGAUUCCCGUUUUUUCCCGGUGAAGAGUAGAGUGUGAUCUUUGACAUCCCCUUGCCAGCCAGCAAAAAGGUGUUCCAGGGGUGCGCCGCGCGAGUUUAGAGGUUCCGUUUUUCAGUUUUCUUCCGUCGCGCCGCGUUCGGUUUUUUCGGCGUUUCCACCCGAGAGAGCGAGAAAGGGAAAAGAAGAGAAGAGCGAAAGCGCGAGAGUUGGCAAUUUUGCGCUGAACGCGGAGAAAGAAGAAAACCGAUAUUCGCUGGUUGGUGGUGUGCUACUGCAGAGUGUAGUUUCGUGCGGGCAAUAUAAAGGAAAAGCCGGAAGCCUUGUUGGAUUCGUGUCCGACGGAUUUGGUGUGGAUUAGUCGCCCGUUUUUUGCCUGUUAACGGUGCAGAAUCGUGCUGUGAGUGUGCCGCGAGUGGCGUUUGUGCGAAGUAGCUAGUCCUCUAGAGCCGGAUUUCGAUUUUUUCCACGAGUGGACCCUCUGAACGAGAACCGGAGAUUUCCGAAACAGAUUCAUCCAAUAUGUCGGAACGCGAGAACAACAUCUACAAGGCCAAGCUGGCCGAACAGGCCGAGCGAUACGACGAAAUGGUGGAAGCAAUGAAGAAGGUUGCUUCCAUGGAUGUGGAACUCACAGUCGAGGAGAGGAAUCUCCUGUCGGUCGCCUACAAGAAUGUCAUCGGAGCACGACGUGCCUCCUGGCGGAUAAUUUCCUCCAUCGAACAGAAGGAAGAAAAUAAGGGCGUCGAAGAGAAGCUGGAGAUGAUCAAAAACUACCGCUCGCAGGUCGAGAAGGAACUGCGCGACAUCUGCUCCGACAUCCUGGAAGUGCUCGACAAACAUCUGAUCCCGUGCGCGACGACCGGCGAGAGCAAGGUGUUCUACUACAAAAUGAAGGGCGAUUACCACCGCUACCUGGCCGAAUUCGCCACCGGAAACGACCGCAAGGACGCCGCCGAAAACUCGCUCGUCGCGUACAAGGCCGCCAGCGACAUCGCAAUGACUGACCUUCCGCCAACGCACCCCAUCCGGCUGGGACUCGCUCUCAACUUCUCAGUAUUCUACUACGAAAUCCUGAACUCGCCGGACCGUGCCUGCCGCCUAGCGAAAGCCGCAUUCGACGACGCAAUCGCCGAGCUGGACACCCUCAGCGAGGAAAGCUACAAAGAUUCUACGUUAAUCAUGCAGCUGCUGCGGGACAACCUUACAUUGUGGACGUCCGAUAUGCAGGGUGACGGUGACGGCGGUGAACAGCGAGAACAAGUGGUUCAGGACGUCGAAGACCAGGACGUGUCGUAAUUUGUUACACGACUCGUUUUAUGUGUGAAUUUAUUUUAUUAAUUAAAGAAAAUAAGAUUAAGCAUUAUUAAAUAAGCUAUACAUAAGAAAACAACAAAGAAAAAAGGAAGAAAAUACUACAGCAUACACACAUACAUACACAACAACAAGACAAAAAGAACAGGAACCAGACAAAUUACGGCAAGUCGAACACACAGCAACACCCCCCGAAGCCGAACCGAUGAGAGCAACAAAAACACACACACACACAAAGAGCAAGAGAGAGUGAAACAAAAGCAAAAGUAGAAAAAAAAAUGUCGAAUUCUUACUUGGGAAAGUGAGAAAGUAUCUCAAUCGAAAGCGAGGUCAAAUUAAGAAGAAAAUCCACUAUUAGGAACGGAGGAAACCGGACUUCGUGUCACUCAUCUUCCUCUUUGGCGACUGGUAGUUGGAAGGAUCAAGAUCAAAAAGAAAACAGCAAUUGGAACACACACACUCUCACAUAUUUGCACCCCCAAAACAAUACACAAACACGCCGACACAAAUACUUACUACUACUACAUCAAAAGAAACAAAAGCAGCGUAUUAGAGCAUAUUGAUUACUACUACUACUACUAGUAAAAAAAAAGCUACAAAAAUCAGCUGAGUGGUGUAUAAAGAGAAACAGAAAAUCAUCAUCCAUUAAAUGUGUAUUGUUUUUGUCAAUAUAUAUUAAUAAAAAAUAAAAAGGAGCAAUCCGCAAAAAAUAAUAAAAAUGGAAUCUAAAUUUAAAGAAUGUAACACAAAGAGCAGAAAAGAAGGGAUAGUAUAAAAAAGGGGGCAUAGGCAUAGUAGGGGAAGCUACUAUCCCAGCAAGAAGUGUCAUUUUCCGUAUCCACUUGAAUUCGUCUUGCGGCGGUGUUCCGACUGGGCAAUCCGACCGGGGAUAGUGAGUGCAUGGGAGGAAGGAGAGAGUAGCGCAUUUCGAGUUUUUCCACUCGCAAAACAUUCCUAUUGUGAGAGCGAAAAAGUUUCGGGGAAAACAACGUGGCGAGUUGUUACCCACCAGAGUCCGGCGCACAGCGUUUGCGAGAGACAGAGAGAGUUUUGUGAAAGUAUUAUCAGUAUUCCGAUUUCAUUUUCUAAGUGAGUAUUCUGCGUUCGCGCUAGAAGAGAAGAGGGUCCGUUGACUCGGGUGGGGUUGAUAUCGCCAUUUCUCUAUUGUUUGUCUUGACGGAAUAUCCCGCUGUUUGGAUACUCCCGGUCAUUCGAGGUCGGAACACACGUCGGAUCAUAUGUUUGUGUUUUCAUUCGUUCGCGGUUUUGGGAAAACAACGCAAAAUUGAACCGUCGUGGUCAUGGGGUGGAAUUUUUCAUACUGGAAUUCAUUGUGAAUUAGUCGGUGUUAUAAGAUCACAUCAAGUAUACACCGUGAAGUUUUAAUAGCUUCAAUUCAUAAUGAAUUCUACUAUGAGGCAUUCAUUCUUAUUAAGUUUGGUUAAGGAAACCUCACAAGGUGGUCAAUUUUGCGCCAGUUUCUCCAAUCAUGUUCGAUUUCCUUCGCCCCUCGCAUGGUAAGAAAACCAAUCCUUAGCAUAAGCGGUAUUCAUAGGUGUUUAACAUACUCCAUUUCGGGAAGAAUGCAUCACACGGCACUCGACCAGAUUUGUGACUAAUUUCCCGUUUGGUAAUGUUUCGUUCGCCGGUUUCCUUUGUGAUUCCCGUCAUUUCGUUGAACCACCUUCCGUAGUCGAAAAAGGACAAACCAAACGAUAAAUAAUGCAGGGAAAUGAGUGUGAUGGAUAUUGAUUACUUUCUAAGUGUUUGUAGGACUGACUUGAUCCAUUCCAUUGAGGAAAACGCGGUAAAAAGGAGCACAAACCUUCAUAACAACUAGGAAAAAUGAGAAAGCGGAGCGGGUAAAAUCGGCCCUACUACAUUUUGACUGUAGAAAAAGUCCUUCAAGAACGUCUGAGCUAAGGGAAAAGUGCGAACCAGUUUUCUAAAAUCCAACAGAAGCGAAUUUUCAAGAAAAUACGAACACGUCAUUGAAUAGUCUAGCGAAUUGCCGAAUAAUAAAAAUCAUUGCAUUUAUUGUCACACUCUCACAUGAGCCGAAUAAUAAAACAUACCAGCUCACAAAUCGUUCUGAAACGAAUUCUAACUAGCUGAAUGACAUUCAUGACGAACUACACACCAACUGACGGCGAAACAACAGCAGUAAUGAUUGCGUCUCUAAACAAGUGCAAGCUAUGUUUUAAUCAGCGCAAACAAAUGUAAAAGAAAAAAAUGUUUCUAGUAGUAGCUAUUGGAUGCAGCUUUUUAAUUGCUACUAAACCUGUAUUUACGUGUGUUUUUCUCAUAGCCCUCUUUGAUGUUCCCAAAGCCAUCUUCAUCCUCACACACACAAAGGCAGACAUUUCAUUUCCCAGGGUAUGAAAACUGUUUCCCGCAUUUUAGUUGUCCGUUUCCACAUUUUCAUUGACAAACCAAACGCGCAAGAGCGAACAUCCGACGUAUCAAUUUUCCGAAUUAAAUUUAAGGCGGUAAAAAUAACAGAAUAAUAAUUAUUAAAGAAGAACAAGAAAAAAAACCUAUUGAUUAUUAUGAGUAGAAGUAUAAAUUUAAAGAUAAAUUAAUUGAAUAAAGAGACCCAUGCAAAACUACUUAAAACUUAACGCAAAGCAACCGAAUCCUACAAGUACAGAACAAACCAUACGCUAGUAAGAGAAUUACUUAAAUAAAACAUCCACGCAAAAACGUUGAAAAGAAUCAGACGCGAAUAAGCACUUCCAAAACAAAAACCUUACGUUUAGUAGAAUCUCGACAUUUUCCAACAUUCUUCUCGUUUGUUUCUAUUGAUCCGGAAUCCGCGAUUUUGUUGAUUGUGCCAUCGUCGUGCAAUUCGAUCGGUUUCAGAGAGCAUGUAAAAACAAUCGAAAACGAAACACUUUUGUUUCCUCUUCAAUGUUCGGAACAGGUUUUUUACUCCUUAUUUCAAGAUCGUUUCGCCAGAUAAGAGAAAAAAACAACAGCAAUCGCUCGCAAUUCACCACGAACAGCAGAAAAAUCAAAUUUCUCAUUGAAACAAAAA